AUGAGUGUCCUUCCUCCAAUCAGACGGGACCGUAUCAUUGCUCAGCUCCCUCAGUUUUACAGGACAGAGGCUGCUCUCCACACCAAAAAUGAUUUCAACAACAAAGUGAAGACUGCCUGUCAGGAGCAGCGCACUGGCACCGUGGGCAGAUUCAAAAUUUCAAAGGUCAUAGUCGUGGGGGAUCUAGCCGUGGGUAAAACCUGUCUGAUUAAUAGAUUUUGUAAAGAUACAUUUGAUAAGAACUAUAAAGCGACAAUCGGUGUUGACUUUGAGAUGGAGCGGUUCGAGGUGCUGGGGGUCCCCUUCAGUCUACAGCUAUGGGACACAGCAGGCCAAGAGAGGUUCAAGUGUAUUGCUUCCACCUAUUACAGAGGUGCCCAAAUUGUAAUAAUUGUAUUUGACUUGACUGACGUAGCCUCAUUGGGUCACACAAGACAGUGGCUGGAAGACGCCUUGAAGGAGAACGACCCAACUAGUGUCCAGCUGUUUAUUGUGGGGACAAAGAAAGACCUGAGUUCACCAGCGCAGUACAUUCAAAUUGAACAAGAUGCCAUUAAAAUAGCACAAGAGAUGAGUGCUGAAUAUUGGGCUGUUUCUUCACUUUCAGGGGAGAAUGUAAGAGAGUUCUUUUUUCGUGUGGCGUCGUUGGCUUUUGAGAUGAACGUUCUUGCAGAGCUUGAGAAAAGUGGGACAAGACAAAUUGGAGAUGUUGUCAGGAUAAAUAGCAACUCCAGUAACGUCAACAGUUCUGCAAAGAAAAAGCAGGCGAGCUGCUGCCAGUGA